CUGACUCGACGCCAUUGCAAAGAACUAGAGCUCCCAACACCGAGGGCCGGCGAUAGUGUUGGCUGGCAACCAUAUCACGGAUCAGUUUGCAUACAUGGCGAUGCUACGUAAGAGCAUAGAUCCGUCAUUAUGUAUUCCGCAACCAAUAUUCCGUCACUGCGACUGCCUCCCGAGCAUACCUGGUCUCCGUACGCUCGUCGGCGGGUGCUAUUUGGGCAACCAGUUAUGUGGCACGAGUACGACCAAGGAGGACGGCAUUUGACUCCGGCGCAACUUGCACCCUAUCGGCAGCAGGGUGACGAAGAAAUCGAUAAUAUCUUGGAUCUCCUGCAUCGGGAAGGAAACGCCAUUCGGCCUGGCCAAGAUAUACUCGUGCUGGCGGAACAAGCUCUGGAGAAAUCGCAUCAAUCCGAGGGCACAUUGAGCGCCGCCGAGCGUGCGCUUAAACAGUUUUACCAUAACUACAGCUGUCUCCCCGAAUGGGUCGAUGUGGAUCAGCUCCAACGCGGACAACAAGUCUUUUUGGCGUAUUCUCCGAUUAUCGGCAUCAGUCUCUAUUAUCGAUCGCUGGUCCCGGGCUUUUCCAUAUCCAAGAUUGCCGCCGUCUUAUCGAGUACGGGGUAUCUGGCCCCUCCCGCAUCACGAGAGUCUGUACAGGAGCGUUUGAUCGAUACCGGCGCGUUCUUGGCGGAGUGCUUUGGGAAUCCAGCUAGCGUGACCCUCGUACCCAACGGAGCGGCUUGGAAGGCGGCCUUACACGUACGCGCCCUGCACGCCAAGGUCCGACGAGGACUCCUGCAGCGACCAACAUCAUCUCAGCGCGCCUGGAAAACGGCCGAACUUGGUGUCCCCAUCAAUCAAGAAGACAUGGCGGCUACCCUCCUGGCUUUUUCCGCGAAUUCCUUGGUGGCCUGUGAGAUGGUACUGGGAUUCGCCCUGUCUCGACAGGAACGCGAGGACUAUUUAGCGACUUGGCGCUAUAUUGGUUGGCUGUUGGGGGUGCAUGUAUACUACCCCACUGAAGCUCCGCGCAAACUUUCGAAAGCUCACCGGCUGCGGCCGCUGGAUCCUUGUGGACCAGGCUGGAACCCAAAAAGAGCCGAUCGUAUUGAGCAUUCCACCGCAAUUUUCGAAUCAAUCGUUGCACAUAUCAUGGAUCCCGAUGCUUCUUCGGUGAAAAUUGCUCAUCAUCUAUUACGGAUUGGACGAAAGAAAAUGAAAGAGGGGGAAGAAGAGUCUAUGAAUAAUGUUGAUGGCGUAAAAAAGAAGCAUUCGUCGGAUGAAUUGUGGUUUUAUUUUCGAUGUCUGCAAUGCCGGCGCUUUGUCGGCAAUGCUCUGGCCGAUGCAUUGCGGCUUCCUGUACAUCCUAUUUGGUGGCGUCGUUGGUUACUCUGGGGUUUUAGUACAACGUACUUUGUACUUUUGACUCUUUACACGGCUGCCGCGUUACCAUGGUCGCCACUCCGCGAAACCAUCAUUCGUUUCCACCAAAAGCAUACUCGCCAAUUUGUGGUCGAUUGGCAAGAUUCUCAUGCUAAGCGGAUGCAAGCAAAGUUGGGGGUCACCCACAGUUGCCCUUUCGCUAUGGUAGCUCCUCCCCAGCAUUCGUUAUAG